AUGGCUCCAGACAUUCGUUCCAAGGCGCUGGAGCGCAUCGCCGCCCUCUCGGCUUCCAAACCCACGGCGCCAUUCGAAAAGUCGGAUUUGGAUCGCCUCUGCAGGGCCUGCCCAAGUCAUCAUCAUCACACGAGGUCGAGGAGUGGCACAAAUGGUUCCGAACACCGGAAGGCCGCCUCUCUCGCGCGCGUGCCAAUGACAAUUCGAGAAUUCGAGGUCCUCCUGUCCCUUUGCAAAGCCGCCCCGCUGGUUCAAAACAGCCAGAAUGCCCAGAGGCUGGUUCGGCAACUCUCUCCGUAUCUGCUCGAUGCCCACGUCCAGGAAUUUGCGCCCUCCCCAUUCUAUCGAAGAAUCGAACCCUCUCCGACCGAGUCGCUUUCUUACCAUGUGACCUCGGCUCUUUUGUGUCUUGGAAACCACGAUGGAGACAUAUAUGAGAACGUCUCUGCUAACGUAUCCGUGUUCUUGAAAGCGUGCUCGCGCGCAAGCGAGAGCUUAAUGUCUGCGCAGGGAGAGGGAGGCGGUGAUGUGAAUCUCGCCGAUGCUAUGCAGAUAGCUUCGAUUGCUGUGUCGCUGUUGGGGUUCCUUGAUGCCGCCGCGGCUCAGGCUGAUUUUUGGAGGUCCGGAGGCCGACUAGCCCUCAUACAACGGCUGCAAAAGCUAUUGAACGAGAGAUUCUUGAUCGCUGUCGAGACGGCCUUCUCAAAGAUUCGCAAUUCACACUCCCAUGAUCGUGCGCCAAAGGAAUGGAGACGAUACCUGCGCCACUAUCAGGAUACCCGGCGACCGUUGGGCGCAAUGCUUCUUCAGCAGAGGUUCAUGCUCCUCGUCACAUCUUCGACUUCGCUCCUCGUCGCGGAAAGCUCUUCUUUGAAGAAAACUCAUGUCCUAGACCUCCUGAUGGCAGGCGAAGGGCUUCUCCGACCUGGCACCGGCAGGAGCGGCAAUGGAGACACGAGCUCCGUGGUGACCUACUCUAACAUUGUCAUCGACCAGCUGAAUUAUCUAGAGGCCAGUGCCGAUUUCAUCCGCAUGGGCUCCUCAUCGCAGCAGAAAAUCGCCUGUGCGGUCAAGGCAGCAGCGUUCAUUAGCUAUCUGAACUGCUCUAGACUCAAUGAAGACGCUGCGGACACAGACACGCUCAUGGCAUGGUUGGAGGAUACAAUCAUUGAUCCCGACCAGAUGGCUGAUGAAGAUCUGGCUUCCGUCGUUAUCCGAGCCAUGGCGAUAGUCUGCAGAAUGUCCCCAGCACAUGGCGCCAAUGUCAGCCGCCUGAUGCCUCGGUUCAUCGUGCAAGGCCGUGCUCCAAGCCACAUUGUCGUGGCGGCCUCUCAAUGUUUGGCCUACGUCCUCCGCAUGCUAUCAACCGAUGCAGUCAUCACGACACUGUAUACUCUUGGCAAUGUGCUCAGUCCUGCCUCCGAGGAGAAUGAAAAAGGCGAGAAUGGACUUGACAACAGUGACUCGCAGGUCUACCGCGGGCGACAAUCGACUGGGAGCUCGAUAUCUCUUCAAUUCAUUGGGGAGGAAGAGACGUCCACGGUCUAUAUGAAUGUCAUUGACGCGAUCUGCGGCAUAGCGACCGCUUGCAGCGACGAGAAGAUCUCCGGUCUGGCUCAAUCCAUCCUCCUUCAGAAGUACGACAGAAUCAGCAAUGUCGUGGAUGCGAGAAUUAUAACUGGAGCAGCAGUCCUGUCUUUGAGUGCAGGACAGCUGGAGUUCCGCUCUUUGCUGAAAAGUUUUGCACGCAUUUCCCAUGCUGCUGUGGUGGAUAACCGAGUGAUCAUUCUGCAUGCGUUGACUGCGGCGAGAAACCACAUCUCUGCCAAUCUCCAUCGGGACUCUCAGCUCUAUGACAUCUACUGGGAUCACAUGCUGGACAGCAUCGUGUCACAAGGAGACGUAUCUCAGACCAGCCAUGCCAAGGAGUCCGACAUGGAACUCGCUGCCAAAGAGAUUGCGGAGCUACUUCAGCCUCUGGCUGUUUUUAUGUCCGCAAACGAUAUGGCCUCUAGCAACUGGGCAGAUGACGAGUUCCACGCCAUGCUGCGUGAUGCCUGGUUCAAUAUUGUUGUGCACGGCUUCAAUCCAGUGACUGAGCGCGGCAAGAGGUACGCGGACGAUCUCCGAGUCAUAGCCAUCCAUUCGCCGCCCCUAGUUGCAGAGCAGCGCGGCGAGCAGGUUGAGAGUGACAUUGAGCUGAACACGGUGCUUCGUCGAGGCAUGAGCUCCGAAAGAGAAUCGCACCAGAAAAAACACCUGGCCGAGCUAGUGGCAUCUAAGGCAUCUGAUAUCAAGAGUUUGAGCUAUCGCAAGGUCAUCUUCUUGCACACUGCCUAUCUCGUCGAAAGCUUGAGAGCCGAAUCGGGUGACUGCACGAAAGUGCUGUCAUACUUCCUCGAACCGAGCAUGCGCAAGGGUGAUGUUAGCAGUGUCAUGGAGGGGAUCACGAGUGUUGUUGUGGAGAAAUACCUGAGGAAGACGCUCGGUGGCGUUAACAACACCUUCUCUGCGCAAUAUGCCGCGUCACAGCUGGCUAUGAUCUUCUGCAAUUGUUGCCACAGGAUCGAGCGCGUCCAACAGGCGGCGUAUGCCUGUGCCGACCGCAUCAUCCGCGAUGUUCCCUCUGCCCUCUGCCGACGAUCCUCUCUAUUCGCCCUUCUCGAGCUGCUGUCGCUGAUGUGGGCAAGCUGUCUGGAGGCAGAGACAGAAAUGUAUGAGCCGAGGUCAACUUUCACCUCCGAACGUGGGAACGUGACUGUUGAGCUAUCUGAUGAUUACACGUUCAGAAAGCUCACCCUGAACCGGUUGUACAAGGCCGCCAGAGGCUGGGUCUCGACAGCUAUUAAUCUGUCACCAGCGGACGUCAAGGGGCUGCUGCAAACUCACCUUUCCGAAUUCGAUGAUGAGGGUGCGUAUGGCCAUGUCUCUCUUGGAAGGUCCUUUGCAAUGGAGCUUGGAUCCGCCAUUCCAGUCUCUGACCAGAGACUUAUCUCGAUUGAUGGCAUGGGAGAGGCCAAUAUCAACACAGCGUCAGACUUUAUUGCUCAAUAUACCACGCGCCAGGAAUACCGCUAUGCAGAGGCGUUACCGGAUCACAGCCUGGAGUGGCUGACCUUCAUGCGGAUCGAUAGGAGGGCAUCUUACCUAUCAGGUGCCGACACGGAGAGUGCCGACGCAGUCACGGCUCUGGCUCACAUCGAAAACCGCAUUUUGCAGAAAAAGAAUACACCUAUGGCCGAUGUCCGCGACAUCCUCCGUCGGGCUGCUGCUCUGUUGUGUCGCAGCGAGUCAGGGGUGGAAUGCGCUGUGGCGCAUCAUCUAGUGAGCAUACCGUUCGCCAUGUUCACGAAGCAGGCCAUCAAGCUUGGAAUCUCCCUGUGGCUGGGCGUAAUGAACGAGAAUCCAAUCUGGGAGCCUCGGAUUCUCAACGAGAUAUCGCAGCAGUGGGAGCUCAGUAUCCACAAGAAGCAUGGCCUGUUUAGUGCGGCGAUCACAUCCCCAGACCCGUUCUUCCUCAGGGAAGAAUUCGCGCCGAGUGAUCAAGAGGCGCUUACGAAGAAGAAGCAGUUGGUUCACAACCUUCUUUCGCCCCAUGCUCGACUGUUGGAGUUCCUCGGCAGCCAUUUCAAUGCAACACGGCUGGGCAGCCCUGACACGCAAAAGGUGCUCGUCAGGCUACUUGAUGUAACAAUGGAGGAGUUGCAGAAGGCCACGCCUCAUCCUCUGGCGAGAGAGCUGAGGCUUCAACUCGUCCUGUUCGGGCUGAAGGUCCUGCGGACUUCGACCACCAUUGGUCCAGUGUCACAAUGGCGUCUGAAAGAUAAACUGUUGUCAGCAGCAUUGAGCUGGUUCUGUCAUGCGCCCAAGUGGUCUUUUGGAAGUAAUAUGCUUCAGAUGAAGACUGAGAUCCGGCUGAUAACAGAUGUGAUAAACGCUGUCAAAGCUGUCGGCUUCAUUGGAGCCCACUCCGUUGGCACUUUCAGGUCCCUGCAGGCUCUGCAAUCCAAGGAACAGCUCUUGCUGCUGUUGCUAGAGAGUGAGCAGUCUAGGCUGACCGUAUGGGUCUAUCCUCUGAGCGAGCCUGCACAAAGACCAUCGACCCUGGUCCACACAGGCAAAGGAUCACUCGAAAAUGCCUUGCUCCCGUUGAUACGCACGGCAUGGGCCGAGAGCCCCUCACUCGCGAUAGAGCUCUGCACGAGGUUCCAAUCCCCCCGGGUCCACAAGGAAAUCCGAUCUUUGCUCCUUACAUUCCCGGAAAAGGCUGUGGGAGAACCCGAGGCUCUGCCCAUUCUUCUGGGCGGUGCCCUCCCCAGUGAUAUCAGCAAUCAGUUGAGGUUCCUAUUGUUCUGGGCACCCGUCAAUCCCAUAACCUCGGUCACCUACUUCCUGCCAGCUUAUCAGAACCACCCGUUCCUGAUUCAAUAUGCUAUGCGGGCGCUGGAAAGCCACUCUGUUGAUGUGACCUUCUUCUACGUUCCCCAGAUAGUCCAGACGCUUCGCUAUGAUGCACUUGGUUAUGUUGAGCGCUACAUCAUAGAGACUGCGCAGUUCUCCCAACUCUUUGCGCACCAGAUAAUCUGGAACAUGAAGGCCAACUCGUACAAAGACGAUGACGGCCAAGUUCCCGACGACAUCAAACCGACGCUGGACAAAGUGAUGGAGAGAAUGGUUGACAGCUUCGAUGCUGUUGAUCGAGAAUUCUACGAACGAGAAUUUACAUUCUUCGACGAAGUCACAGGCAUCUCGGGCAAACUCAAACCUCUGAUCAAGAAGUCCAAGCCGGAGAAGGCACAGAAGAUUGAAGAGGAGCUCCGCAACAUCAAAGUCGAAGUUGGCGUCUAUCUUCCCAGUAACCCAGAUGGUGUUGUUAUUGGCAUCGACCGCAAGUCUGGUAAACCACUUCAGAGUCAUGCGAAAGCACCGUUCAUGGCAACCUUCCGGAUCAAGAAGGACAAGGGCGGCAUAGAGGAGACCGGCAGCAUGAUCGAGGAGACGGUGGAACGCGGCGCAGCUCCGCCUCAUACCGAGCAGUCCAUUGAGGUCUGGCAGUCGGCCAUUUUCAAGGUCGGCGACGACUGUCGUCAAGAUGUCCUCGCCCUCCAGAUGAUUGCUGCCUUCCGCGGUAUCUUCCACAGCGUCGGGUUAGACGUGUACGUCUUCCCGUACCGAGUGACCGCUACAGCGCCAGGCUGCGGUGUGAUCGACGUGCUGCCCAACUCCGUGUCCCGCGACAUGCUCGGCCGCGAGGCCGUCAACGGGCUGUACGACUACUUCAUCUCCAAGUACGGAAACGAGGACUCGCUGCGGUUCCAGCAGGCGCGCAAUAAUUUUGUCAAGUCGAUGGCGGCGUACUCGAUGAUCUCAUUCCUGCUGCAGUUCAAGGACCGGCACAACGGCAACAUCAUGAUCGAUGACGCGGGCCACAUCCUGCACAUCGACUUCGGCUUCUGCUUCGACAUCGCGCCGGGCGGCAUCAAGUUCGAGCGGGCGCCGUUCAAGCUGACGUCCGAGAUGGUCGCCGUCAUGGGCGGCAGCACGAACCACCAGUCCUUCAAAUGGUUCGAGGAGCUCAUCGUCAAGUCGUUCCUGGCCAGCCGCACACACGUCGAGAAACUCAGCCAAAUCGUCCUGCUCAUGAUGGACAGCGGCCUGCCGUGCUUCAAGCCGGAGAGCGUGGAGCACUUUAAGCAGCGCUUCGUGCUGGACAAGACCGAGAGGGAGGCGGCGGACUUCAUGAAGGAGCUGGUACGCAAGAGUUACUCGAGCUACUCGACGGGUAUCUAUGACCAGUUCCAGCUCAUGACCAACGGUAUCCCGUACUAA